AUGUGUGUCGCGGGGACCCCGCUGUGGGGGGCAGCAAGUGACUCCUCCUCUCUCUCCCCACAGGGCUCCCCUGGCGAGAGAGGCGGCCCUGGGCAGGGCGGCCCCAUCGGACCCCCAGGCAGACCGGGCCCCCAAGGGCCACCAGGCCCUGCUGGAGAGAAAGGAGUUCCUGGUGAAAAAGGUCCCAUAGGCCCCGCUGGCCGCGACGGAGUCCAGGGUCCCGUUGGGCUGCCCGGUCCAGCGGGGCCCCCAGGGGGUGCUGGUGAGGACGGCGACAAGGGCGAGGUGGGCGAGCCGGGCCAGAAGGGUGGCAAAGGCAACAAGGGAGAACAUGGUCCCCCAGGCCCCCCAGGUCCCAUGGGCUCAGUCGGGCAGCCUGGAGCAGCCGGGGCUGAUGGGGAGCCGGGCGCUCGGGGCCCCCAGGGCCACUUUGGAUGUGCCCCGCACUGA